GGCCUCGCCGUUCGUUUGGUGGUCCCUGCGCCGCGGGGAGCGAAAAAACGACAUGUGCGAGGCUAGGGUAUGAAAACAGUAGUCGCCCGAAUGCAGACGCCGCGUCGUCGAAACGCGCUUUUACAAAGACGUCAAACGAAAGGAAAUUUGCUACCGAAGAAGUGCAACUGACGUCAAAAUACUGGAAUGGGCCAGAAAGCCAGGAAGACCUCACGAAAUUCAAAACUGUGGCAUCAACAGAACACCAAGGCCUGUCACAAUAUGACAGCUGUCAAGUGUGAUGACAGUUGUGAAUUUUUUGAAAUCCACAAUGGUCUUCAUAAAGUUCAUGUCAGCAAAUGAUGAUAUCAAGAGGCAACAAUUGCUUGAAGAAGCACUCAUUCAUAAUGAACUUUACGAGUGCAAAUUGUAUUGUUGGAAGAGGCUGUUGUCGCUCAAUCUUGCACAUGUUAAUAAGGUGUUCAUGGCAGCAUGUAAAAAUUUUGAAAUUGUUACAUGUUGUUGCCACCUUGUCGUCCAACUUUUGUACGAUCUGGCUGAGAUUUUGCAGGGCUAUUUGUCAGGCGCUGUUGCUGGUGCAUCAUGGUUUACAUAUUUGCAUGUCAACAAUUUGCGUCAAAGUUUACUUCUGGUUUUAAACAGUCAAACAUUUGCGUCAAAGGAAAAGCAAAGGAAAGUGGCUUGUCAUGGCAAAGUAUUUUAAGCAUACAUAAGCUUACAAAGAAAAUACCUCCUGUUUGUACCUUCACUUCAAGAAAAAGUGUGAGUAGUACAACAAAAGUACAAC